AUGGCCAAGGCGUCCAAAGUCGUCCGCGUGGGCCAAGAUGCGCCGCACCAGCCUGAUGUGGAGAGCGAGAGCAGCUACAGCUUCGUGGAGCAGUCCAAGCGCCAGGUGAAGGUCAAAAUUCAGAGCCUGACGGACGACGAGAUUGUGUUUGACCUCAUUGGUGUGGACGCUGCCAUCGCCAACGCAUUGCGCCGCAUUUUGCUGGCUGAGGUUCCCACUAUGGCCAUUGAGCACGUAUACAUCUGGAACAACUCGUCAAUUAUUCAGGAUGAGGUGCUAGCCCAUCGACUAGGCCUCAUUCCGCUCAAUGUGGACCCGCGUGAGUUUCAGGCCUUCCCGGACAACGAAGAGGCGGAGGCCACUGACGAGAACACAAUCGUUUUCAAGCUCGACGUCACAUGCAAGUUUGACCCUGAACACCCGAAAGACCCAACCAAGGCCAUUCACUCUUCUGUGUACUCGCGUGACCUAGAAUGGGUACCACAGGGAAACCAGGAGGAGCGAUUCGGCUCCAUUCGCCCCGUACACGAAGACAUUCUGAUGGCAAAGCUGCGGCCUGGUCAGAGCAUCGCAUUGGAAGCCCACUGCCGCAAGGGCGUGGGUAAGGACCACGCUAAGUUCUCUCCCGUCGCGACAGCAUCAUACCGUUUGAUGCCCAAGGUGGAGCUUAUGGAGAAGGUAGAGGGCACUGACGCAAAACGCCUCGUGGAGGAGUGCCAUAUCGGCCUGUUCGAUAUUGAAGAUAUUGGCGGUGUCCCUACUGCUGUGGUGAAGGACCAGCGCGCCUGCACUAUGUGCCGGAACUGUAUUCGUGAGCCUAGCUGGAACGAGAAGAUUCGUCUGGGGCGUCAGAGCGACCACUUUAUCUUUAGCGUCGAAUCUGUAGGAAUGAUUAAGCCCGAGGAGUUGCUGCUGGAAGCCCUCAAUGUGCUUGCUGAAAAAUGCAACGUCGCGUUAGAGUCGUUCACACAGGUGGAUGAGGACGAGGAAAUGGGCGAUGAAGAGGAGGAGGAAGAGGACCAGGAAGAGUAG